CUAACAGACGGCAGUAGCCGGCAGGCGGCGUACGCGCCGACCGCGCGCAACACUCGGACAAACGUACCAGCCCAUCGACUAUAGCCCGGCUAUAUUUAACUGCUGCAACCAUUAAUCUACAAGUUCCAUCACAAAAAUUGGCGAUCCGCUUCCCAAGUGUAGUGACGUGAAAUGCUCAAUAAACAUUAAAGUGUCAUUUGUAACGUCUCAGUGAUUUGUUAGUGUCCACAAAAUAUUACUUAUAAUAACGUAAAGGAAGUAAAUAAUAUAAUUUACCGUAACGCCGACUCUACAAGAUGAACCCUCCGUCAGCAUUGUACGGCGCGAUGAAUAAAGAACGGAAGCCAUUCACGUAUACGCCGGGAGGGCUCGACCUCACGGAGAUCAAAUCGGAACGAAUGGCCCAGAGGUUGAUGAGGAACGCAAUGAAUCAGGGUCUUCCUGAGACUCAAAUCCAGACAGUACAAUCACCGCCAGUUCAAUUCAACCAUAGUGCAAUACCGAAUUUUAAUUGUUUGCCAGUACAAGUUUUUCCAACGUUUGCUCUACCAGCGAAUCCUAAAUCUUUAUUAAGAAGUAGAAGUAACCCAGAUCCACCAAAAGAACUUCCGAUAAAUAAAACACCGGCCCCGUCUCUUUUUAUUUCAGACAAUAAAGACAGAGAUCAAGACAAAGUCGUAAACAAACCAUCUUUAUUGUCUUUAAAUAAUAAUGGGUCAGUUUCAACAAACGAUAGCAAGUGUAUAUCGAAUACUUCUUCGUUAUUUCAACCAGCAAGCUAUAUCCCCGAUAGUCGUGCAGAAAUAACAUUACCUGAAAAAAGUUUUGAUGCCGAGUAUUUUAUACUCGAACCUCACGGUAAUAUUAAACUGACGGGAAAUGAAAUUAAUAAAAUAGAAGACAAUUACAAACCAGUUUCGAAUAUUUUCGGGGAUACUGCUUUUAAUAUUGAGAAAGAUCCAGAACCAUUAGCAUCUCCGGCUUCACAAGAGAGAACAGCAAAUGAUACUGAACAGAAGAAAGUGAAAGUAAUCAAAAAACAAACCAAGACUUCAGAAAAUGAAGCAGAACAAAACGGUGAUACUGAAGCAGCCAUAGUAGUUAAAUUACCAUCAAAAAAAUCAUCAGCGAAGACAGAGACAAAAGUAGAAGUUCUAAAAAAAAUAUUGCCUGAUGGAUCAAUAGAAGAAGUUAAAACAACAACAACGAAGACAACUAUAGAUGGUAAAACUGAAAUAAAAAAAGAAACGGAAACUAGAAUAUUACCAAAAGAAGAAGACAAUGAUACCGUCGAAAUUGAAGAGGAAGAAGAAGAGGAAAAUGAAGAUGUAGUCAUUGAAGAAAAUGAAGUAGAACAAAAUGAUGAUGAAGAGUUAGAAAGUAAUACCAAUGUUAAUUCAAAAGAUGAGUCAAAAGAAGAAAUGCAAAAUGAGCUUGAAAUAAAAGAAAAUGGACAUAUUAUUAGUGGAGAAGAAAAGGUUGAAAUUAGUACCACAAAGAAAGUAGUAAUUACUCAGUCUACAGAUCAAGAAUCAGAGAAAGAGCAAGAAGAAGAAGAAGAAGAGGAGGAGGAAGAAGAAAUACAAGAUGGUGAUGUUGAAGUAGAACAAGUUAUUGUAUUAAAAAAAGUCAAUGAAAGCAAACUGGAUAAAAAUGAUCAAAAUGAUAGUGAUGACGUUGAAGAAAUUAAUGUAGACAAAGAAAUAGAGGGUGCCGAGGAAGAAGAGGAAGAAGUAAUUGAGGAAGAGAAUGUAGAAGAAGAACAAGAAAGUGCAACACAAGAAAUUAAAAAAGAUGCUCAAGAUGCUGACGAAGACAAAGAAGUAGAAGUCGAAAAAGCUGAAGCAGAAGAAGUUGAAGCUGAAGAAGUUGAGGCUGAAGAAGUUGAAGCUGAAGAAGUUGAAGGAGAAGAAAUUGAAACUGAAGAAAUUGAUGCAGAGAAUGAACCAAAUGAAGUAGAGGUUGAGAAACAAGAGGAAGACAAGGAUCUACCUCAAGAAAACAAUACAACGACCAUUUCUUCUAAGGAAAAUGAUAAGCUGGAUCAAGAGGAAGCUGAAAAUGAAGAAGGAGAAAAACAAGAUAAAAAUGAGGAAGAAAAUGUAGACUUGUCAACAACGGCACCUAUUCAAGAAGAGUCACUGCCUGAUAAUCAAAAUACAACAGUAUCAAAAGAUGAUUCGCCUAAACAAGAGCCAAAAGAUGAACAAGAACGUUUAGUCAAAAUAACUUUAGAGCAAAAAGAACCAAAAGUAUCAUUUCGGGAGCCAUCAGUUCCUCUUGAAAAAGUAGAAGACGUAGAGAUUAAACCAAUUGGCCCCGCUCAAGAAAUAAUAAAAAAAUGUCACACAGAAAUUAUAACUACUACAAAAGAUGAACCUACGGGAGCUUUGAGUACUCAAACUAAUUAUAACAGAAUCGAAAACAUUGUCACUGUGAACCGUACUACCAAAACGUUAGACCAUUCUUAUGAACCAGAACUAAAUAUUCCUGCUGCUGUAAAACCUUUUUAUGUACCCCCUAAUGAUCGUAUUUUAUCGACUCCUCAACCAAUUUCUAGACCAUAUCAACCUGUAUACACGCCAGAGCCUCAAACCGAAAGGAGACAUAGUUUACUUCUUGACCGACUAAGUAUAGAACGCCAAAUACCAAUACAGCAGUCAGAUAUCUAUCAAAAUAACUACCAAUAUAGUAACCAAAACUACGAGCAAAAUCAAUGGUCACAGGAGCCUCAAUCAGAAGUAUUGACUGUGAGCAACGUUAAGCCAAGUACGAUAACUAAAAACCAGCAAUGGUAUCAACAAAGUAAAAGAGAAGAAAAUAUUACUUCUAACAUUGUAACGCCUACACCAAUUAUGCCUAGCCAACUGUCGCAACCACAGACACAACCACAGGUUCAGACGCAACCACAGUAUCAAAAUUACGUGCAACCUCAGUACACGCCAAAGCCAGAGCCCCAACCAACUUAUACAGAUUUCAGUAAACAGAAUUCAUUUAAAAGUACCAACUUGCAACAGAAUACUUAUCCAACAUACACACCAAAACCAAGUUGGGUAAGCAGUACUUUCGAUUCGAAACCUACCCCUGCUGCUAAUCAAUAUACUACUUAUGAUUCAAAACCAGCCCCUGCCGCGACUCAAUACAACAGUGCUUACGAUUCUAAACCAACCCCUGCCUCUACCCAAUACAAUCAGUAUUCAACAACAAAGAAGGAAUCUAAUGAAAGUUAUCAAACAUCAACGCAACCAUUUUCUUCCUCUUAUGUUCCUCCACCUUGGGAACAAGAUUCUAGUUACAUAGCAGGUAACCAGUGUUACUACGAACCACCACCGCCAACUACUUAUACUCCUAGUCCGAAUCCAUCAUGGAAACCUACACAACCAGCGAGUAAAUUUACUAAACCAAAACCUACUUCAUAUAUUCCUCCUGCACCUAAUCAAUCUUUUGUUAAACCAGUAUCAAGUUCCGAUUUGAACGUAUUACCUGGUCGUAAAACAUACUACAGUGAGUAUGAAAGACGUUACAUAUCUGUACCAGAGUCGACGUACAUACCAACUGAAACAAAGUACCAAGCUCAGCCUGAUCCUUCACCCCAGUUUUAUUACGAUAACAAUGAACCAGUUGAACCAGUAGAACCACAAUGGAGAAAAGAGUUAAGGGAAUUCACCGAGAAAACGUCCCAAACUACCAUAACACAAACAGAAAAAACUUCAGUGAAACCACCAUGGGAAGAAGAUCCCAAGUAUGCCACAGGAUAUACGAAUACAUCGACAGUCACCCCGAGUUGGACUCAGACGUUAAGGCCUAGGUCCUGGCGAGAAAGAAGUUAUGAAACCGAGUACAUUGGAUCUAAAGAAUGGCCAAAGACUAACACUCUUGGUCGUGGACGUCCACAUAGUUCAUAUGUAAGAAACAAUGUGGACACAAUCAGGGAACGAACCAGAGGUGUAUCGGUUGAUCGAUACAAUCCCAACAGUUAUCAACCACCGUUGCCAUCGGAACAUCCGCCUGUACAAAGCCACACGUUGACUCAGAGCAUUCAUCCGAAGGCUUACCAUAACCCUAGCGUGCCUGCAUACCACUCCCGAACCUCUGCUGAAUCUAGAGAGCAAACGACACCUUACAUCCAGCGUACGUGGUCAGAGUCAAAAGCUCCGCCCGUCCAAUCAAGAUCGUUCAAAUACCUCCAAUGGAUAACUGGCACUGAGGAUUAAGUGUCUAUAUUCUAAGUGUAUUAUUUAAGGUUAUAUUGCGAAUUGAUAAUUGUGAAUCGAAUGAACUUAAUGAAAUCGAAAUCGAAUAUGAUGUGAUUUUUUUAAAAUUAACCGUCUCUAUAAAGAAUAAUAUUAUAAUAAAGAAUAAAAAGAACUGGAAGUCAGUAAAUAAUUAAUUUCAAGUUUAAUAUUGAAUUUAAUGAAUACCGUAAUUUAUUAAACUAAACUAGAUGCUUGACUAACGUUCUCUUCUUUGUCAACAUCAGUAAUUUUAUUAAAUUUUAAUGUGAUAUUAAUAAAUGUGUACUUUUGACAAAUUUAGUCGAGCCGUCUCUAGUGGCGUUUGAGCUAGUAUAUAAGUAACCUUGGUACUUAAAUCUUGUUAUUACUUACUUUGAUAUUAGUUUAGAUUUUCAUCACUUGAUUUUGAGUCUGAAUUUACAAUUAAUUAAUAAUUACUUCGCUUAAAAUUUAACUAACCUUAAGUUAAAGUUACGGAUACCAAAGUUAAUGCCAUAAUUUAUUUAUUUUUAUUUAAGUUUUAGGACAUUAACAGUUUGUAUUUAUCAGAUGUAAUACCUGCUCCGUUUUAGCAUGUGUAGAGUGACACUAUUCGUCUUUUUUUUAAACAAAAAACGUUCUAUGUCCACUUCUUACACUAUUAAAUUAAUCACCACAUGAACUGAACAACGUUUUAUCUACAAGUAGGAAAAUAUGUUAUUGAUAACAUAAAAAUACACCAGUGUACACAAAAUACACUAGAACACACACACAUACACAAACACCCACACAACCUUAUACUACACUUAAAUAAAUAUCAAGAUGGUCCGGUCUAUGGUCGGUUAACUUACUGAAAGCCUUGAUUAUUCAAGUUAACCUGUGAUUCACGGGCAGAAUUAUUUGCUUACUUUACUUCCACCACAGAAAAUACAUAUUAUAAUGUAUUAUCUACUUGUAUGUAUGAUUUUCGACUUGGUAGCCGUUUAUACAACACGUACACAAACACACACAUACAAACAAACAUAAAUACAAACACAAACACCAACACACAAUAUUAUUUACAUAGGUACAUACACACUAUACUACACACACACACACACACACACACACACACAAACACAUGAAAUGGCCGUGUUAACUACUGCAUCUUUUUAAGGGCUUUAUAAGUUACUAGUUAACGCUUAAUAUUACUGGAAUUGAUCCCAAAAACACCAAGGGAUACAAUCUCAAUAAUAAUAUAAAAUUAACUAAUAAAAAAUAUUUUUUUCUGCUGUCUGUCUUUAGUUUUUAGGUAAAAUGGCGUUCAUGAGGUGAUUAUCCUAUCCUUUGGUUUAAUUUUUCUAGUACUUUAAUUAUAAUCUAUAUUAAAGUACUAAUUAACUACCUAUAUUAUUAACUCUAUAAAUAAUAAUUUUUUAAAUAAUUUAGCAAACUUAACUUGAAAUAACAUCCGAAAAUAGGUACCUAUAACAAGAAAUAGUUUUUAAUUUAAGAAAUAUUAUAUGUGCCAUAAUUAUAUUUUUUAUUUAUUCGUAAGUAUAUUUGCACUGUUGUAACUAUAUUUCGUUCUUUUAUUGUGGAUUAUUGUUGAGUUUAAUUAAUAAAUUAUUAAAUAUUUCCA